AUGGUUUCCGUACUAUCGAUCUACAAGCAAAGGCUAAGGACCAAUCCCAAGCUGACAAAUGCCCUGAUGACGGGCUUUCUGUUCGGUUCUGGGGAUUUCAUUGCGCAAGUGUUCUUCCCAGAUGCUCAAGGCGAGAAGGUGAAGACGUUUGGUUUCGACUACGACAUCAACCGCACACUGAGAGGCGUUGUAUACGGGUCCUGUGUGUUUUCAUUCAUUGGCGAUAAGUGGUAUAAGAUUCUGGCAAGGAUUCAUCUGCCUGGCGACUCCAGAUAUGCCAUUGUGAACAAGACGAAAGAUGCCAUUGCCAGGACGGCUGUUGAUCAGCUUGUGUGGGCUCCUGUUGGAAUCCCUCUGUACUACUUUGUGAUGUCUGUACUUGAGGCGAGACCUGUUGAAGAGACCAGGCAGAAGCUGGAGGAGAACUGGUGGCCUACGUUGAAAGCCAAUUGGAUGGUUUGGCCUGCUUUCCAGCUGGUCAACUUGGGCUUUGUCCCUGUUCAGCAUCAGCUCUUGGGGGUGAAUCUCAUCAGCAUUGCGUGGAAUACGUAUCUGAGCCUGAGGAAUUCCAGAAAUUUGGAGCGUAACAUGGUCCAUUACCCACCUGUUCCGGAAUGA